CGCGCCCCGGGCGGAGCUCCGGGCCAUGGCGGCCGCCGAGCCCAAGCCCCCCGCGGGGGCGGCCGCGGCCGGGCGCCUGGCCCGAGGCUGCUGGUCCGCGUUCUGGGACUACGAGACGCCCAAGGUGAUCGUGGUGAAGAACCGGCGCCUGGGCGUCGUGUACCGCGCGGUGCAGCUCCUCAUCCUGCUCUACUUCGUGUGGUACGUGUUCAUCGUGCAGAAGAGCUACCAGGACAGCGAGACGGGCCCCGAGAGCUCCGUCAUUACCAAGGUCAAGGGCAUCACCUUCUCCGAGCGCAAAGUGUGGGACGUGGAGGAGUACGUGAAACCCCCCGAGGGAGGCAGCGUGUUCAGCAUCAUCACCAGGAUCGAGGUCACACCCUCGCAGACCCUCGGAACCUGCCCGGAGAGCGUGAGGGUUAGCAACGCCUCCUGUGACACAGACGAGGACUGCGUGGCGGAACAGCUGGACAUGCUGGGAAGCGGCCUGCGGACCGGGCGCUGCGUACCCUACUACCAAGGGUCGGCCAAGACCUGCGAGGUGUGGGGCUGGUGCCCGGUGGAAGACGGGGCGUCGGUCAGCCAAUUUCUCGGCAAGAUGGCUCCGAAUUUCACCAUCCUCAUCAAGAACAGCAUCCACUACCCUAAAUUCCAGUUCUCCAAAGGCAACAUCGAGCACCGGAAGGACGGCUACCUGAAACGCUGCACAUUCGAUGAGGUCUCCGACCCCUACUGUCCCAUUUUCAAGCUGGGCUUCAUUGUGGAACAGGCAGGGGAAAACUUCACGGAGCUCGCACACACGGGUGGUGUCAUCGGGGUCAUUAUCAACUGGGACUGUGACCUGGACCUGUCAGCGUCAAAGUGCAACCCCAAGUAUUCUUUCCGGAGGCUUGACCCCAAGCACGUCCCAGCCUCGUCUGGCUACAACUUCAGGUUUGCCAAGUAUUACAAGGUAAACGGCAGCGCCACCCGCACGCUCAUCAAGGCCUAUGGGAUCCGCAUCGACGUCAUUGUGCAUGGACAGGCAGGGAAGUUCAGCCUGAUUCCCACCAUCAUUAAUCUGGCCACAGCACUGACCUCCAUCGGGGUGGGCUCCUUCCUGUGUGACUGGAUCUUGCUGACGUUCAUGAACAAAAACAAGGUGUACAGCCAUAAGAAAUUCGACAAGGUGUGCACACCCAGGCGCUCCUCUGGUAGCUGGCCUGUGACUCUGGCUCUUGUUUUGGGCCAGGCUGCUCCCCCACCCUGUCCCUGCUCUGCAGACCCAGGCCAGUCCCUGGCCGCCCCGCCCCCAUGGCCUUGCCCUGCCUCUGCCCCUUCUGAGCAGAUGGCCGACACCCCUGAGCAGACUGUGGGACCAGAGUUGUGUGCCUCCGAGCCUUCCCGGCAGGACUCCACACUCACGGACCCCCGAGGUUUGGCCCAGCUCUGAGCCCACCACAUGCCUUCCAUCAUGCUGUGUCCAAGGCGGGCCUGAUGGGGUCCUGAAGUCUGGUCCCGAGACCAAGCCGCCAGCUCCCCUGGGCCCUGCCCAUCACCUCAACACGCUCUGAGAAGCUGGGAACAAAAAGACCCCCCGCGCAACCGGGCAGUGGGCGGGCACGAAGUGGGUGGCACCGGAUCCUGGCUGGCCCCCCAACAACCCCGGGGCCUGGAGGAAGGGUUAAACUCCCGCCUCCUCCUCCUCCCUAGCUGACCUCCUCACAAACUUCUCACCCCUCCCCACCCAGACCCUUUGCUUGCUUCAUAGCCAAGAAGUCACAUACCCAGAGUCCAAUAAACCUGUGUCCAGAA